UAUUUUCCGUUGCUUGGAAGUAAAUACCGGAAGUGUCACUCAGUUGGUUGGUUCCACUUCCACAGCUCUGGAAAACAAGGCAGUCCACAUGUUUCACAGCUAUUAGUGACGGAGACAACUUAUUUCCCCCCCUACUUAGGUUUUGUAUUUCUACGGUAUUUUGCGGUGUGGACGUCUUCAGACAUUGUUAUGGGGAAGAAGAAAGCGGGAGGAGGAGCUGGACUCGGCAGAGCUCUGAUGAAGGAGAGGCUGCAAGCGAGCAGGGGAAACAAGAGGAGCGACUCAUGGCUACACACCAGUGAACUGAACGAUGGCUACGACUGGGGUCGUUUGAACCUGCAGUCAGUGACAGAGCAGAGCUCCAUGGAUGACUUUCUCGCCACAGCUGAACUGGCAGGAACAGAGUUUGUUGCUGAGAAACUCAACAUUAAGUUUGUUCCAGCUGAAGCCAGAGCAGGCCUCCUGACAGCUGAGGAGAAAAGCAGGUUAAAGAAGCUGCACGAAGAAAACAAACAUUUCCUCCGAAUUCCUCGGCGCCCUCACUGGGAUGAAAGCACCACCCCAGAUUUACUCCAGCAGGCAGAGAAAGACAGCUUCUUGCAGUGGAGACGAGAACUUGCUCAACUGGAGGAGGAACAGAAGUUAAUUCUUACCCCGUUUGAGAGGAACCUUGAAUUCUGGCGACAGCUGUGGAGAGUCAUUGAGAGAAGUGACAUCGUCGUUCAGAUUGUUAACGCCAGGAAUCCCCUGCUGUUCAGAUGUCCUGACCUGGAGCUAUAUGUGAAAGAAGUGUCGCAGAAUAAGGUGAACAUGCUUCUGGUGAACAAGGCAGACCUUCUAACGCGGGAGCAGAGGAAAAUCUGGGCCAAGUAUUUUGAGAAGGAAGGUGUUAGGGCUGUUUUUUGGUCUGCUCUGGCUGAGAGUAACAGGCUGGAUGCAGAAGAAAAGGGAAUGGAAGUCGAUGAUCCAGAAAGUGUAGAAAGUGAUCCAGAAGCAGAUGGAUCGCCACACAGUGUGGACUUAAACGAAAGAGCGUCGAAGGGAGAAGAAAAGGUGCGGGAAGGUGACGAGAGUGGUGUUGAAGAGCAGCAAGACAAUGUAAACGUCGAUGAAGAGGACUGGCAGACCUGCUCGGAGGAGGAGGAAGAGGACGAAGCUGAAGGAGAGAAUGCCGGUCCUUCGGGUGAAUCCUUCCAUAACUCCAGCCGACUGCUGCACAAAGAUGAGCUGUUAGAGAUGUUUAAAGCGUCACAUAAUGGACCCAGGUGUAAAGAAGAUCAAUUGACAAUAGGGCUGGUCGGGUAUCCUAACGUGGGAAAGAGCUCCACCAUCAACACUAUUUUACGAAACAAGAAGGUGUCUGUUUCAGCAACACCAGGACACACUAAGCACUUCCAGACUCUGUAUGUGGAGCCAGGCCUAUGUCUCUGUGACUGCCCCGGUCUGGUGAUGCCCUCGUUUGUUUCUACCAAAGCGGAGAUGAUCUGCUCUGGGAUUUUACCCAUCGACCAGAUGAGGGAUCAUGUACCUGCAGUCUCCCUCAUAUGUCAGACAAUCCCUCGACAUGUUCUAGAAGGAACGUAUGGCAUCAACAUCAUCAGACCGCGGGAAGACGAAGACCCCGACAGACCCCCCACUUCUGAGGAGCUGCUGACGGCGUAUGGAUAUAUGAGAGGUUUUAUGACAUCGCACGGCCAGCCUGAUCAGCCCAGAUCAGCUCGGUACAUCCUCAAGGAUUAUGUCAAUGGUAAGCUCCUGUUCUGCCAUCCUCCUCCACACAUUAAUCCUGAAGACUUUCAGUCUCAGCACAGCAAAUUCCAGAAGAGGGAGUUGGACAGCUUGAACGUCUCCGCCGUAACAAACAGACCACAGAAAAUCAAAAGGAUUGAAAAUGUUGUUGACAAAAACUUCUUCCAUCAGGAUAAUGUCCGCGCACUCACCAAAGGAGUUAAGACUGUCAUGGGCUACAAACCAGGCAACGGACCAGUCGGCCCAGGCAGCUCAGAGUCGGAGGCAAUGGAGGGCAAGCCCUGGAAAAAACACGGAAACAGAAACAAGAAGGAGAAACUGCGACGGGUCACAAAGCAUCUGGAUGGUUGAUGAUGAUCGUCUAAACUCUUUUAAACCGACAUGAUUUCAGAUGAAAUUAAAUGUCUUGAAGAGCAGCUCGUAUGUCAUCCUAAAGGACCCUGACGUAGAUGGAUGGAUGCAUCUGUGGGUGUGGCGAGGACUUGAUCUAAGUGGUUAAAUGCUCUGAACUGAAGAUUGUAAAAGCUGAAUUCACGAUCUGAAUAAUGAUGAUUAUAGGAGCUGAAGCACCAAUUAUUCAGGAAAAAAAAGUAUUACUUACGAACCCUUUAAUUCUUUAUGAAGCAGUUGAAUUGCUCUGGAUAGCAGCCUUUUUUACCUAGAGUGGUAAUUAAUGUCCCCAGGUUGAGCCCCAUAAGUUGGUAUGAUCUACUAUAAUAUCAAUGUUUUUCUAUGAAGAGAAGCUCUCAUUAAAAUGUUGUGAAAAGAUGUUUGUCCUUGCUUAAAGACUUUCAUCUAAACAUCGAUUUGAAAUAAAUAAGUUGCAUCAACCUUG